UGGCGGCGGCGGCGGUGGUGGCCUGCUGUCUGCUGGCCACCGCGGCGCAGGAGGAGGCGGCGGCGAAGGCGGUGGCGGUGGUAGAAGAGGAGGGGGCGGAGGGGGCGGAGGGGCGGAGGCGGGCGAGGAAGGUAAGCGUGACAAGCGUUUCUACCCCUUCCCUCCAGGGUUCGGGGGUCGGUACUACCCCGGGGGCGCGCCAGGUGGUCGGCCCCUCCACCCGUGGCACUACGGAGCCCCGGGGUACGCCCACCACCCCGCCUUCAACCCCUACCACCCCUUCUGGUUCACCUGCCAGGCAAACCCCUACUACUGCUACCCUAACUACCCCCCCCACCCACACUCCCCCAGGGGCUCCCCACACUCCCACGCCAACCGCGGCCAGGCGCCCCCCUCCCCCUCCUUCCCCGGGGACUCCCUGUUGACGGGGGCGCCGCUCCCUGACGUGCCCGGCAAGACCCCUUUCCCCCUCCACCAGCAGCAGGCCACAGCCUUCACCAUGCCCCAGGGCGCCUUCCUCGGCCCCCAUCCCCCAUCCUUCCCCCCCUCAUCUGCAGCGGGACAGUUUGCUGGACCAGGUGGACCGGGCCAGUUCAGCGGGCCAGGUGGACCGGGCCAGUUCUCAGGCCCAGGAGGACCCGGUGGCCCAGGUGGCCCGGGACAGUUCACGGGACCAGGUGGACCAGGCCAAUUUAGUGGACCAGGAGGACCAGGUGGCCAAUUCAGUGGACCGGGAGGACCAGGUGGCCAAUUCAGUGGACCAGGUGGACCGGGAGGACCAGGUGGAUCAAGCCAAUUCAGCGGACCAGGUGGACCAGGUGGCCAAUUCAGUGGACCUGGUGGACCGGGAGGACCAGGUGGAUCAAGCCAAUUCAGCGGACCAGGUGGACCAAGUGGCCAAUUCAGUGGACCAGGUGGACCAGGUGGCCAAUUCAGUGGACCAGGUGGACCGGGAGGACCAGGUGGAUCAAGUCAAUUCAGCGGACCAGGUGGACCAGGAGGCCAAUUCGGUGGACCAGGUGGACCCGGCAGCAUGGGUGGACCGGGACAGUUUAGCGGGCCAGGCGGAGCGAGCGGGACUGGAGGCAGACCAGGCGGUGCGCCCUUCACAGGCCCGGGGGCUGGAGGGUCCCCCGGGGGUCCAGGGGGCCAAGGGGGGGCGUCUCCCUUCGCCGCAGCGGGCAGCCAGGGACCGUUCAGCGGGCCGCGGGGCAGUGUAGGGGUCCCCAGACCAGACAACACACCGGGGGCGCCGGCGGGUGACAGGGGGAGUGGCACCUCAGGGGGGGACCCUAACUUCCCCCCCAUGUCCUUCCUGGGGGCAGGCAGUCCCCAGGGGGGCUUCAAGGGAGACAAGAACGAGGUGCGGGUGCGGCACACACUGGGUGCGGCGCCCCCACCAAAGCCAUCCACCAAGGCGGACAAGAAACCCUGACGCAACACACACACACACACACACACACACACACA